AUGGACGACGAGGGCCCCAAGUGGCGCCUAGAUCAUGCAGAUACCGGCUUAUCAACCUGCCAGCAAGCAGCCUGUAAGCGGAACAAAACAAAAAUCGGGAAAGGUGAACUGCGCAUCGGUACACAUACACUGUUCGAUAAUGGCAUCGAACGCCGUUGGUACAUGGCCUGGCGUCAUUGGGAAUGUGCGACGAAGCAUCAAAUCGCGGGCUUGAAGGAGACUACCGAGAACGACCCAACUAAAGCACCUGGCUAUGAUCGACUCAGCCAAAAAAGCCAGGAGCAGGUGAGACUAGCAUUUGAAGAGGGUAUGCCCUUCGAUAAGGGGUUCAAGGAUAUUCGUGAGGACUUGGCAAAAACCUCAUGCAAGUACGCGAAAGAGUAUAGGGACGCAGAGUGCUACAAGGCUGACGUCGCCACUCGUGCCGCUGCUUGUCGUGGAUGUGACUGCGUAUCGGACAACAUUAAGAUCACGAAGGGCCAUCUGAGACUUGGAAUCUUGGUCAACUUUGACGGUGACCAUACUUCGACGUACUACAAACACUGGAGGUGCAUGUCUGAAUAUGACUUGGCAUGUGCACAGAUGUGUUACGAAAAGGGAGAGUUUUAUGGCAUCGAUAAAAUCCCCGAAGAGCUCAAGGAAGUGGUGCUUAAGACCCUCGAGACGGGCGAGGUUGUGGAGCCGCCAGAGCCUAAGAUUGUGCCACCGAAGGCGAGGGCAAAGCCGAAGUUGAAGACGUCUCGUAGCAAGAAGACCAAAGUCAAGCCAGAACCUAGUAUCAGUUCGGAAGAGUCCGAAGGCCCGCUCGAGGAUCUGAGUGAUGAGUUGCAAGAGACAAUCCCACCAUCACCCGCGACGAAACCAAAAGCCAAGAAAUCGAAAGCAAAGAGACGUCCCGCUAAAGAGAUUGACAGCAGUAGCGAAGCCGAACCAGAGUAUAUUCCAAGGAAAUCAAGGAGCAGAUCUAGUCCAUUCAAAGAGGCCAACGUCCUGGCUGAGGCUGCUACGUCAGCUCCUGAAGAUCUGAUGGAUGAUUGA